AUCUUUGAGCACGGCCUCGCACUUCUGAUUGUCCUCACCAACUUCUGCUCCUAGUUGGAUUUCGCUCGCAAAGCCUCAUAGCGCAACUUGUUCCACGCCCGGCGCUUCCCAGGUGACAGCAAACAAAGAAAUGACCAUGACAGGACCUGUGGGCUUGGCCACGACGUAUCGCCACAUAUAUCGCACACAAGCCAAGGAAGACAUCCUCUCGGGAAACAAGAGGCCAUUUCUGGUGCCCCUAUGUUUUCUCGCCUAUCAAGUCAUACCCACGCUGUACCUGGCCAUCCCGCACAAGAAGCGCCCCUGGCUGUAUCGCGCACGGUGGCUGAUUCUCGCUUUCACCACGGCGUUCAAUAUCAAGAUGAUAUUGGAGGUCAGCAGCCUCAACUUUGCGUGUUCCUACGGAGCUGGGCUGAUCGGGGCUUGGGGACUUAUUUGGAAUUUUACCGUCUUGGUGUGGACGCGGCCACAGUGGGAUGCGAAGAGGGUAGAGCUUGUGAGGAACAAGUUCUACAGCGGAAUUGCGGGGGGGGUUUCUGAUCGGUCCCGCACUGUUCAUGCCAAUAGACAUGUUACGGACAAGAUGCUGGGGGCGAAUGCGGAUGGCGAAUCUUCGGCUACUUCGACUUCUUUGACGCCGAAAGCAAACGGGCAAGCACCCAACGGCCAUGCGUCUAAUGGACAUGCAAAUGGAGGCUUGAGGGAAAGGCAACAGAGGCAGAAACCCGUCACUUCUUUGCAUGAGGCAAAUGGCCACACGCUGCAUGCUAAUGGGUCCAUCAAUGCCAAAGCUGGUGAUGAGUUUGGGGAAACGGAGAACGCCAUGCGAGCGAACAUGGAGAGAGUCCUGGAACGGUCCGACUGUAGAUGCGACUACCUUUGCCAGGAACGCACCGAGCUAGAGUUGGGCGCCAGUCAGGAGUUCGUCUAUGAUUGGCAGGAAUAUCCAGAGGAUGCACCGUUCCUCACGCGCCUCGACUGGGCUUUCGAUAUCGUUAGCACACUUCGCAUGACUGGCUGGAAUUGGGCCAUCCCCGUACUACCACCAUACAAGCCUAUGCCCCUUUCCCGGAUGAGCAACCACAGCCGAUUUGGCUACACCCGCCACACAAACCGGCGGGAUCUCGUCACAGAGCGCCUCAUCUUCAACAUAAUCCCCUCCUACCUCAUCAUCGACUUCUGCGCCACCCUAAUAACGCAAGAUCCCUACUUCAUCCUCGGCCCCAACCACAACUAUCCCCUCCCCCCUUACCUAGCCUCCCUCCCCCCAGCCCUCCUCUCCAUCGAGCGCACCACCCUUGGCUUCAUCAGCAUUCUCAGCGCGCUGCAAUUAUCCUGGAACUUCGGCGUCCUCUGCCUGGCCCUCCUCUUCCCGCCCAUCCUCGGCUUCCGCGCCCACCCCUGGCAUCUGCCAAGCUUUCAGGGCUCUUUCACCGCCGUCCUCGAUUACGGACUCAAGGGAUUCUGGGGAACGUGGUGGCACCAGUCGUUCCGGGUCGGCUUCUCAGCUCCGACGCAGUGGUUGGUCAACCGCGGGUACGUCAAGAAGGGGUCGUCGGGCCACGCUGCCGUGGGGGCUCUAGUCGCUUUCGCUCUGUCCGGGUUCGUCCACGCUUCGGGGAGCUAUAGCACAGUGCCUAAGACUAGACCCUGGGAGCCGUGCAUUUUCUUCCUGCUCUCGGGUGUGGGCGCGCAGGUCCAGGCCAUGUGCAGCAGGAUGUUGAAGCGUCAGAUCGAAGGCUUGCCACGGUGGGCUAGGAGAGCGGGAAAUUUUGCGUUCACGGCGGUGUGGUUGCAUUUCAGCUGUGGGUUCUUGUUUGACGACUUUGGGAGGAGUGCGUUAUUUUUGUAUGAGCCGGUGCCGUUUUCGGUCAUGCGGUGGAUGGGGUUGGGGACGCCAGGGGAUAGGUGGUGGAGGUACGAUAGGGAUACGUUUCCGCACUGGUACACGGGGAAGCAUUGGUGGCAGUGUGGGGUUGGCAUCUGAUAAAUGAACAGAUAGAUAGAUCUAUGUAGCAUGUGGGUGGUGUAUGGAUAGAGAGCGUGACAUUUGGCAUGUAAGAAUAGAGCGCGCAAUACCGUUGAUAGACCAUACACCGGAGU